AUGCCAGAGUUGUUGGUGACACUCAAGUUGCCAAUUGACAUUAAACGAACGUUGCAACUGCUUUUUGAUGCACAUAAUGCCAGUUUCCCUAACUCAAUUAUGUCUAUGAAUAAUCACAACCUUAACACUACCUCUCUCCCUAUCACUUGUAUGAUAUGGAACACACAAGGUACUGGAAGUCGAGAAUUCAUCAAUGUAUUGAAAGAAAUUGUUAGAGUGAAUAAACCAUGUGUCCUUGCUCUUGUUGAGACACAUAUGGGAGGCGAUCAUGCUCAAAAAAUAGCUUCUAUUCUCAAUUACAAUGGCCACACGAGAGUGGAUGCUCAAGGAUAUAGCGGAGGCAUUUGGAUUUACUGGAAGCCGGAAUUGGUGAAAGUGGAUCCAAUUACCAAACAUAAUCAGUAUAUCACAAUGAUGAUCACUAGAGUAGGUGAAAUUCCGUGGUACUUCACUGCUAUCUACGCUAGUCCUGACCCUUCAAAGAGGAGUGAAUUAUGGUAUGAAUUUAGGAAAUUUGCUGAUAAUAACAACCAGCCUUGGCUACUUGCUGGUGAUUUUAAUGAGACAAGAUACUCUUGGGAAAGAAAUUCAAGCUGCCCUGAAACCUCCAGAAGGAGUGAAAGAUUUAAUGCGUGGGUUGAUGACACCCAACUCCUCGAACUAGAAUUCUCGGGCCCUUCUCACACUUGGGCUAGGGGAAAUUCAUAUGAUACAUAUCAAAGUGCAAGGCUUGACAGGGCUUUGUGUAACUCAGAAUGGGGUUUACGGUUUGAUCUGGCAAGAGUAAAACAUUUUGCCAGCGCUGCAAUCAGACCAUACCCCUCUAUUCAUAUCUCCCAAUGGUUUCUCCCCUCUCUCGAAUAUUAG